AUGGCAGGAAGAAAUCGUAUGCCCCGUCAUCCUAUGAAUGAGGGGCCUCGUGGUUUCCGCGAUGGCCCUCCAUUACGUGGACCAUUGCCUCUACAUCCUGUCGAGGAAGAACUAGUAAUAAGGCAUGAUGAAAUUCGUAGGCUUCAAGCUGACAAUCGGCUUCUGAUGGAAGAAAAUGUUGCUCUUAGGAGAGAGAUAGAUUUUGUUAAGAAUGAGCUCCUUCAAGCAAGUCAGGCGAUACCCAAGCUUCGUUCAGAUAAAGAACUUGAGUCUAGGGAAUUGAUCCAGAGGGGUCUUCCAUUGGAGGCUGAACUUCGUGCUCGUGAGCCACUUAGGGAAGAGGCUAUACAAUUAAAAUCUGAAGCACAGAAGUUGGAUGCUUUACGACAAGAGUUAUCUGGAAAGGUUCAAGCUUUGCAACAAGAUCUGAAACAUCUGCAGACCGAGAAUCAGCAACUGCCAACUUUACAAAUUGAAAUUGAUGGCCUUCGUCAGGAGUUAAUUAGAGCCAGGACGACAUACGAAUACGGGACGAAAGCAAAUGCUGAGCAAAUAGAACAGAGACAAGCAAUGGAGAAGAACCUUGUUUCCAUGGCUCGGGAGGUUGAGAAGCUGAGAGCAGAGCUGGAGAAGAGAGCAAGGGGACCUGGCUCUGGUGCUUAUGGUGUGCAUAACGCAAGCUCAGACAUGAGCUACCCAGCACUGUUUCGUGAUGGUUAUGCCAGUGAGAAAGGGUUUUAUGGUACUGGUCCAUGGGCAUCCGACGAACCUCAUGGCUUUCCUCGCCAUUAA